AAUCACCGUGUCCAUCUCAGGUGCAAGUCGUCGUCUCCCUCUCCGUCGUUUGUCAUCCCCUGAAUCUCCACCUUCUCAGUCAUCAGUCAGUCCACUAUCGUCUCUCUCUCACUCUUCGGAUUCAAACAGUGGCGCAACGCGCAGGUGAAUGGUGGUGUUUAGUGCUGGGAUUGCUGGCUAGUGGCUACUGAGUUUAGGGUGGCUGUUUCAAAUUCUCAACAGUUUCAAGUUUCAAGAGUGGCUGCCAUAAAUCCAUUUCAUUUCUGUUCAAGUGUGCAUUAAUGACAGUGGAGAGCAAACAUUUAUUCACUGUCUUUUUUACUCAAUUUUGAAGUUGCAAUACAUUAAAAUGUGUGAAAUGUUUGCAACUUUUUUUUUUUUUAAACUGUUCAAAUUGAGACCAAUGAACACCCCUAGUCCUUAUGCAUUUUUGCUCUGAUUGUAAGUUUCCGCUUACUAUGACUAGGCACUUGGCUGCCGCCUGGCUAGCUCUUAGUGAAAAAGAAAUUUGACUUAUUUCCCUAACUUCUGAUCAAUGUUGUUUUCACUUUUCAGCAUUUCAUAGCUUGCGCAAAAUGCUUCCUAGAUGGAGUAAAGCUGUUAUUCAUUUAAGUAGGAUGAACUCCGGGAGGAACAUGGAAAUGGGGAAAUUGUUUUUCUGUUUGCAAAAUCCAAGCUUUUCAAAGUUUACGGAGGAGGCAGCUGAGCUAGUCACUGACAAUCCCACCCAGAAAAGCUUUGGCAUUAAAAAUGAGGUAAAUCUAAACAAGAUGUUUUGGUCUAAACCAUCAUCAUUAGAAUUGCCCUCUGACUCACCACAAAGGAUAGAAGAGCCUCAGUAUGAGGGAAUCAAGCGUUUUAUCCUCAAACUGAUGAUGUUUUACAGUAAGCAAAGUACAGCCAUUCGCGGGGCAAAUGCUAUCUAUCACCGCAUUACUUGUCAAGUUGAUAGACCCGCUAUAUAUGAUGUAUUUUGCUUGGAGAAGACAUUUCGAACAACAUUCUCUGUGCUUGUUCUUCAUAUGUGGCUAUGCUUGCGCCGCUUGAAAGAAGAUGGAAAGGAGGGUUCUGAGCUGGGACAAUAUUUGUAUGAGAGAUACAAUCAUGAUCUAGAACUGAGAGUUUCUAAGGCUGGGGUUAACUUGCUGUUGAGUAAAUGGAUGAAGGAAUUGGAGAAAAUCUUUUAUGGCAACAUUGUUGCUUAUGAUGCUGCCAUUCUUCCUGAGGCAAAGCCAGAUGAGUUGCAAAAUGUGAUUUGGAGGAAUGUGUUCUCGGAUGAUGGCACUUUAACUCCGAAUGAUCCUGCCUUGCUUCCUGUCCAGGCUAUGUCACGCUAUGUUCACCGGGAAACCAAGUGUCUCUCAUUGACCGAUAAAGCCGCUGUCUUUUCUGGGAACUUCAUGUUCACCUCUUUGGAAGAAAAACCGGUCGGUUUCGCAAGCAAGUAGCGUACGAGAUGAGAUUAUUCUGCUCGUGAUACAUAUUUAUUCCAGCUCGUUAGAGUUUUAUGAUGACGACGAUGGUCGAAGCAAUUUACUGAAUGCUUUGGGGAGAAAAUUUAAGGUUCUUCCUUGGGAUUUAAUUUCAUUUUUAAAAGAUAUUUGAAUCUGAGUUCUCAUAAUUAGUGGGGUUUGAUAGGGAAUAAUUAGUUGGCUUCAUAUUCACAUCUUGCAACCUGGGAAAGUUUAGAAGAAAAUGUUUCAUGUUUCUGAGAAAUGGUCAUUGGUGAACGUAGGUUUUCCCCUCCUCUAAUACUUGUAUUGGACGGGUCAGACUAGAUCGGUCUUUAGAAAGUCUGGUACUCCGGAGUACUAUUUAGGACGGGAUUGGUCGGGUCCUUUUUCUCAAACAGUUCGAACUAUCUGCUAUUUGCUAUAGAAAAUAAAAUAGAUCUAGGAUUGGGUA